AUGGACCGAUCUGGAAUACCACAUCCGGAACCUGAGAAUGACUUGACUCAUGCUGAUGUGAAUUUUGCUAUGGCUAGAGCCUUGACCCGUAUGACAGAAUUUCUCCAACAAAAUUAUCAGCCGCAAAGAGAGCAACAAAAUGGUUGUCCAUAUGAACGCUUUUUAGCUCAUAGGACUCCUGCGUUUUCUGGACAAGAGGAUCCACUUCGUGCUGGGAGGUGGAUUAGUGAUCUCGAAAAGACAUUCGAGAUAUGUGGGUGCAUUGAAACUCAGAAAGUUUUAUAUGCAAGUUACCUGCUGCAAGGUGAUGCAACUGCCUGGUGGGAAACCAAGCGAGAACUUCUGGAAAUGGAGUUAGGAUCUAUUGCAGCGGUAUCUUGGGUACGUUUUAAAAGGGAAUUUAAUGACCGGUUUUUCCCGAACACUAUGAGGAAGCAGAAGGCCCGGGAGUUUAAUAAUUUAGUGCAAGGGGAGAUGACGGUUGAGCAGUAUGCUCGGAGGUUUAUAGAACUCGGGAAAUUUGCUACGCAUUUAAUUGCCACUGAGGAAAUGCGGAUUGAGCGAUUUCAGGAAGGUCUACGUCGGGAAAUUCGUAGACAGGUUGCUUGUCUGCAAAUUCCGACCUUCCAACAACUGGUGGAAGUUGCUACAAUUGCUGAGCGGGAAUUUAUUGAGCCUAUUACCGCUUCAUUUGGACAAAAGAAAAGAAAUUUCGGGGAAGGUAGUAGUACUGGGUCUGCACCUAAGUUUACUACCAGGACGGGAGCCCGACCGCAGAUGACCACUGGAGUACGAAUGGGGGGACGAGCUCCUGUAUGUGGCAAAUGUAAUAGGUCGCAUGUAGGUGAGUGUCAUUUGUCUGGGAUUCAAUGUUUCAGAUGCGGGCAAACGGGGCAUCUUGCUCGCAAUUGCCCUACCAUGUUUCAAGCAAACCGAGGUGGUUACCAAGGUGGAAGGACUACCCCAAGACCACCUGUUCAGGCUAGGGUUUAUGCAGUGACCCCCGGUGAGAUAGACGAAGAAGCACCAGAGACUCAAAAUGCUGGAGUCAUUACAGGUUCAGAUUCCUAUCCAAUCAAUUUGAUAUUGAUGUAUUGA